GGAAGGGGCGGCUGGAGAGGAGCGAGUGGGGGAAACCCGCGCAGCCGAGGGAGGUGCAGCGCGGGGCGAUGGUGGCAUAUGGAGCCUCCCACCACCAUCUAGGUCCUGAGAUGCAGUGAACCCGGCCUGUCUGCCAUCAUCCCCCAGAAUGGACCGCAGCAGCCUCCUGCCCUUCCAGCUGUGGUGUCCCCGGCCCUUUGGCACCUACUCACAGAACCAGCCACGCCCACCUUCUGCGACCCUCAAGCCAUCAGCGUGCCCUGAGCCUAGCGGUGGGGCUGAGCCAGACCACGGGCCUGCCCACUCCGAGAACACACCACCUGCCUUGGCCACCGAGGCCCCCGCCUCCCAGCCUGCUCCACUCCUCUCAGCAGCAGCUGCUGGCGACGAGGGUCGAGUCCUACUGGACACGUGGUAUGUUAUCAAGCCCGGGAAUACAAAGGAGAAAGUGGCCUUCUUUGUGGCCCACCAGUGUGGUGGGGGCAGCCGGGCCAGCUCCAUGAAGGUCAAGGGGCACUGGGGCAGUGACAGCUCCAAGGCCAAGCGGAGGAGGCGUUGUCUAGAGCCUACUAAGGCUCCUCCAGACCCAGGGGGCCAGGAGGGGCCCCUUGCUCCUGAGGAGGGCCCCGCCUCAGCUGGUGAAGACCUGCUCUCCGUGGCUGAAAUGGUGGCCUUGGUAGAACAGCGGGCUGCCCUGGCCCUGCAGAGCUACCCGCGCCCCGCCACCCCAGCACCUGUGGUCUUUGUGUCUGCUGAGCAGGGCGGACCAGCCAAGGGGCUGGGGUCUGAACGGCGGUCCGGUGGUGGGGACUGCAGCCGUGUAGCCGAGGCAGUGGCCCACUUCGAGGCCCAGCGGGACAGCCCUCCCACCAAGGGCCUCCGUAAGGAGGAGCGGCCCGGCCCGGGCCCUGGUGAGGUUCGCAUUGCCUUCCGCAUCUCCAACGGCCGGGAGCCCAGGGCGCCAGACGGCAGCUUGCCCAAUGGGGCUGGGGGCCGGCCUGGUUGUGCCUACCCUGGCAGCCCAGGUCCUGGAGCCCGAGCCAAGGACAAGAUCACCUGUGACUUGUACCAGCUCAUCAGCCCCUCUCGGGAUGCCCUCCCCAGCAAUGUUGAGUUCCUGCUGGCCAGAGCAGAUGAAGCCAGCGAGGGUGAGAGCCCAGCCCCGGCCAGGCCCGAGGACACGCCUCCGGCCCCCCCUCCACCCCCUGCCCGGGACUGCGGAGCAUCAGGCUUCCAUGUGGAUGUGGUGGUGACCGGUGUGGUGGACGAGUGCAUCUUCUUUGGCAAGGACGGCACCAAGAACGUGAAGGAGGAGACAGUGUGUCUGACGGUCAGCCCCGAGGAGCCGCCCCCACCUGGCCAGCUCUUCUUCCUCCAGUCCCGUGGGCCAGACGGGCCCCCUGAGCCACCCGCAGCUGACUCGCCAGCCACCGCACCAGGUCCGGACGAUGCUGAGGGGACGGUGGACACCUCCCUGUGCCGCCUGUACCGGCACGUGUCACAUGACUUCCUGGAGAUCCGCUUCAAGAUCCAGCGGCUGCUGGAGCCGCGACAGUACAUGCUGCUGCUGCCCGAGCACGUGCUGGUCAAGAUCUUCAGUUUCCUGCCCACGCGGGCCCUGGCAGCCCUCAAGUGCACCUGUCACCACUUCAAGGGCAUCAUUGAGGCAUUUGGUGUGCGGGCCACAGACUCACGCUGGAGCCGAGACCCGCUCUACCGCGAUGACCCUUGCAAGCAGUGCCGCAAGAGAUACGAGAAGGGCGAUGUGUCGCUCUGCCGCUGGCACCCCAAGCCCUACCACCACGACCUGCCUUAUGGACGUUCCUACUGGAUGUGCUGCCGCCGAGCCGACCGCGAGACGCCCGGCUGCCGCCUGGGCCUGCACGAUAACAACUGGGUGCUGCCCUGCAAUGGGCCGGGCGGGGGCCGGGUGGGCCGGGAGGAGGGGAGGUGAACCCGGGGGAGGGGGGGGAGAGCCCACCAUGCCUGUCCCUCCCCCCUUCCCUGGGAGCCAAGGGCCAAGACUGGGCCACCAGCCCAUACCCCAGUCCAGGCAGCAUUGAUGCCCCCCAAGAACUAAGCGGGGAUUCAGGGGGAUACCCUGAGAAAGCACUCGGAGUGACCCCUGUUGGCUUCCUACUCUUCAGACCCAGGGCCGUGGACCCUCAAGUAGGGUGUUUUUUAUCAGCAUCUCAAUUUCUUCUUCAUUCAGCCUCAACUCCCUCCCUGCCACCCUCUACACCCCAGGGACCCACCAGCAGGGAGCAGACGGCAGCUAAUUUUGGUACCACUUAAGGGUUCCCCCAUUCUGGCCCCCCCCCCACACCCUUCCCCAAUCCUUGGAGCUGUUUGCUCCCAAGAGGCUGCAGCACCCAAGCUUGGUACCUCUCCGAACCUUCCACACCAGGGCUCACCUCCUCUUUAGGAAUUGGGAGCCAUCAGGUCAUAGGUUGAAUGUGGCACUUUUUCAUAAUGGCCUGCCAUUUAAAGUUUUCCCCAUUAAAGAAGUAAAAAAUCAUUGACCUCAAGCUACCAGUCUUUCCUCUUCCUCUAUAGGGGAAGAGACAAAAAAAAUUAUUGAAGUAUAAGAAUCCCCCUCCUUCUAUUAUUUAAGCUAUCGCCAUCACUCCUCCCCACCCCCCAAUAAAGCUGUGAAGCCCUUUGCCUCGCUCUUGACAGCGUGGGGGGCCAGUGGGCAGGGACUGUGGGUUUGAAUUUCUGAGUUGUUUUUCCUUCCACUCUGGGUCCUUGUUCAGGCCCUGGGGUCUCCUCACCCCCGGCCACUUGUGUUUCUUUAGAAUCUUUGGGUCAACUGGGACCUUGAUUUUCAGGCAGUUUGGUCUGGGGUAGUUUUGUUUGUUCUGUUUGGGGUUCUUUUUGUUUUUUCAUCAUCGUGGAUCUGGAAGCUUCUAGCGCGUGGCAUCUGACCAGUUUUGAAUUGGUCCUUUCUAUAAAAUCAAUAUUUAUAAGGCUGG